AUGGCUGCUGCAGGGUGGCUGGAUGUCACCAUAAUUGGUGCGAGGGAUCUCAAGGACACGGAGAUCUUUGGCAUGCAAGAUCCGUACGCGGUUCUGAUGUACGGUCAACAGACUCACCGCACCAAGACCCACAAAGACGGACACACGUCACCCGUGUGGAACACGACCUUCCGUCUGAACGUUAUCCAUGGCGUCGACGAGGCUCACUUCGCGGUCUGGAACGAAAACAGGAAGGCGGACGACAAGAUUGGGACUUGCAAGGUGAAUAUCCGACAGGCCUUCAGCUAUCCGGUGUGGGACUCGUGGCAUCCUCUCUUCACUCCCAAGGGCAGGCAGCAGGGGAGCCUUCGUCUCGCUCUGAAGUAUUACCCGCCUGUUGGUGCUCCUGGCGCCCCCGCCGCUGCAGCAGCUGCCUCCUCCCACGCCGCCCCUCCCCCUCAGGGGUACCCCCAGCAGCACGCCCCUCCCCCUGCCGGCCAUGGUCCCCCGCCAUCCGGUUACCCAGGUUACCCGCCCCAAGGCGGUUACCCUGGCGCUGCUCCCGCGGGCUAUGGCGCUCCUCCCCCUGGGGGACAUGCCCCUGCCCCCUACGGCGCUCCUCCCCCCGGCGGACAUGCCCCUGCGCCCUAUGGCGCCCCUCCCCCUCAAGGCUACCCGCCCGCCCCCUAUGGCGCUCCCCCUCCCCAGGGCUACCCUCCCCAGGGUUACCCGCCCCAGGGUUACCCUGGGUAUGGUGCUCCUCCUCCCGCCCAUGGGCAUGCGCCUCCUCAUGUGCAUCAUGCCCCCAAGCCGGCUGUUGUUGUGGUUCAUGGCCAUGGCCACCACCACCAUCACAAGCGCAAGUUCAAGGGCGGCUUCAAGAGGAAGGGGUUCUUCGGUAAGAGAAAGGGAUUUUUGGGGAAGCGGAAGGGCUUUUUCGGAGGCAAGGGCUUUUUCUAA